UUCGAAAGUCAAGGUUGUCUCCUCUAAAAAAAAAUAAUAUAUAUACACACACAUCCAUAUUAUUUAUAAGGCUUCAACUCUGCAUUCAAACGCGUAUCUCUACGUGUGUUAGUUAUAAGACUGAAUAUCAUCAUAGAAGUAGUAAUCGCUUGAAAAUUGCUCAACUUUGCUCUACCAGUCUUCGACUAAACCGCGAUCCGAUUGCGCGGUUUCCUCCUUCGCAUUCAUAACAGAGCCACGACUUCCUCCAUCCACUACAACAAGAGUUCAGUUUAGUUCUUCGACGCAAACGAUCCACCCAAAAAAAUAGUUACAGACACUACUAGUUCCUGUUGGCAAUCCUGCGUCUAUAAAAAGAAUUUGGAUCUGGUAACCUGAGGAUUUGGUGGGGAGAACUGUCAGAAGUGACAGAUAAAAUUGUUUAAAUUUGUUUGGUAAGUUUAAACAAUUUAACUGAUGAAUGAAUUUGUAGUAAACAAUGAAAAGCAUGCACUUACACCAACCAAAACUAAUCCGAGUGAUUAUUGAAAUGUGGGAAACUCAUGUAACAACUAAGAAGUAUCCACCACAGGAUCCUAAAAACAAAAAUUUAAUAUCUGCUUUAUUAUAUAUUAUUUCUUUCCUAAUAAAGCAUGGAGUUAGGAGGUUUUUUUGUUUGCACAGUCCAAUGUGGGAGUGGGAUUUGCAUUUGUGUAGACUUUUUUUUCUGCAUGCCAUUUGAAUGUACACAGCCUGAAGAUGAAGAGAGAAAGAAUACAGAAAAAAAACAAUGUAUGUUAAAUAACACAAGCAUUUUCCAACAAUGUUUAGAAAUUACCAAGAAGAUUGUGCCACAGUGCAGUUUGAAAGAAGUGCAAUGGAAAAACCAGAAGCCAAAAGCAAGGGAAGCCUAUUGCCCGACUGAAAUUGAACAUAUCGCAAAUGUGAUCACCCAUGGGGUGGCUAUUGUGCCCAGCAUCUUAGGCACAUACGAAUUAUGCUACAGAUCUGAGAAUUUCGCUCAGCUGAUAUCCGCUUUGUUGUAUGGCGCCACCCUAGUAUUUCUAUUUGGAGUCUCCACUUGUUUUCACUGCAUCUUCUACAGAUUUCAGAGAGGCCGAUGGAAAGAUACUUUGCAUAGGUGUGAUAGGGCUAUGAUUUACAUUUUCAUAGCUGGCUCCUAUUUUCCUUGGUUAACAGUGAAAGCUCUACCUACAGAUGGGUGGGCCAGCUCCAUGAAGUGGAUAGUUUGGCUGCUGGCGUCUCUGGGGAUAAUCUACCAACAAGUCUUCCACGAGAAAUACAAAUCUUUAGAAACCAUAUUUUAUGUGAUCAUCGGGAUCUUCCCAUCCCUUCCGAUCAUAGCCGAAAGCGACUUCUCCGGUUUAACGGAACUCAAGUUAGGUGGCAUCUUUUACGUCGUCGGUAUUAUAUUCUUCAAAGCCGAUGGAUUCAUACCAUGCGCCCACGCCAUUUGGCACAUCUUUGUGAUCAUAGCUGCCGGAGUCCACUACUUCGCUAUACUGAACCACCUCUAUCCAGAUCUACCUCCAAGUACAUAGAGCAAACAAAACAAAAUCUAGUUAAAUUCAUUUUUUUUUUUAACUAUUUCUCCUGAACCAACCAAAAACCGAACAUCACCGUCAUCAUGGGUUUAAGUUAAAUAUGCAAUAAGUAUUUUAGAUUCAGGUGAGAUUACUUUAUUUAUACUUAAGUUAUGUGUCUGUGUCCACGAUUGUCGCGCUCGCAAAGAACCGGUGACGGAUUAUUUUUGAUAAGCAAUUUAAUGCAACGAUGUGCCAAGCUCGAAAAGCUUAAUCUUACCAUUUUGCGAACGUCGAAUGUAUAUUUGUUUUUUUUUUCAAUUUUAAUAUGAUUUUAAAAGGGGAAACUCAUUAUUUUUUUACUGCGAAUAUAAGCAAUGUACAUUAAUUGAAUAACGCAUAUCAAAUUGUGCUCAUGGUAAAAAGUAAUAGUUUCGUAAACCUAUUUUAAAAUUAUCUUUUUAAUCUAAAAUAGUGGCAGCAUCAAAAGCUGAUUAAGAUUUAAAUAUCGGAAAAUCAAAAACAUUUACU